AUGAGGAAAUGGGAGAAUAGGAAUCGUGGGUUGAGGGAGCUGCAGGAGGUGGCCGGCUCUUCGAGAACAAGAGAACAGCUUGUGCCAAGGCUGGGAGGGAGAGCUGGAUAUGACUGGUGGGCCAGCAGCAAAGCGCAGAGUGGGCAGGAAGAGGCUGGGGAGGCCCACCGGGGUGUGGCUGAAAGCUCUUUGAGGACUAGGGGCUGGGGUGGGGACAGCUGUGCUGUGACAGCCUCUCCUGCUCCAGUCCUGCAGCUGGUGAGCAGUGAGAGGGACUUGGUUCUGGUGAAGGAGGCGCUGAGCUGGUACGACGCCCAGCAGCACUGCCGGCUGCACUACACAGACCUCGUUGACCUGCAGCCAAGUAGCCUGUGGAAGCUCUACUCCCUCAUGACCAGCACCCCGGCUUGGAUUGGCCUCUUCUUCGACGCAAGCACUUCUGGCCUGAGAUGGUCCAGCGGCUCCACAGUCACAGCCCUGGAGUGGGGCCAGAAGCUACCCGAAUUUGGGGUGGGCUUCUGUGCCAUGCUGUACACUUGGCUGAAAUUACCCAACAUAGGGGCUGCCUCCUGCACAGACCAGAAGCCCUUCCUCUGCUACUAUGGUGUGUUCGCAUUCAUAUUUCAGGCUUGGUCUUUCCCCCAGGGACCUCUCUCUGUUGCCCAGGCUGGGGUGCAGUGGUGUGAUCAUUGCUCACUGUAACCUCCAACUCCUGGGCUCAAGUGAUUCUCCUGCCUCAGCCUCCUGAGCAGCUGGGACUACAGGUGCAUGCCACCACACCUGGCUAAUUAAAAACAAAACAAAACAAACAAAAAACCAACCUUAAUAGAGACAGGGUCUCUCUGUGUUGCCUAGGCUGGUCUCAAAUUCUUGCCUUCAAGUGAUCCUCCUGCCUUAAGUCUCCCAAAGUGCUGGGAUUAUAGGCAUGAGCCAUGGGGCCUGGCCCGGUGUUGCUUUUCAAUAGCAAAUGAUGGGGUGGGGAGAGACAGAGAGAGAAGCGCCCUUUCAGAGGAUAACUGGUCAGGACUUUACUCUUUUUGCCAUAUCACUUUCUCUCUGUGACCUCUAUUUCUAUUUCCUCUGCACCCCUAUUCGAAGACCUCAUUAAAAAAUUGGGUGUAAGUCAGGAUAGAAUAAAAAUAAAAUCUGGA